AUUACACUUCGGAAUAUUAAGAAAGAUCGUACGUUCUUAAUCACCAAAGUAAAAUACAGCCAAAAAGCGUGACUGAGCGCGUGUUCCCACUUCUCCCCUCUUCUCCUCUUCCCCGUCCGUCUGCCAUGGCUACGACGGAGCAGCCACUGAAGAAACGGAAGCUUUACGAACAACUACACGAACCAUCACCAGCACCGCCUCAGUCACCGCCUCCUCCUCCUCCGCAACCACCACCACAGCCUCAACAGCAGAGCGUCGCUGCUCCGGCGAUAUCUCAGGAUGAAAUCCUCCGACGGAGAAGGAACCAAGAAGAGAUUCGCAAUGUUUACGAGUGUUACAAACGUAUUAAAUUCUGCAUCUCACAGAACGAUCAUCGUCUUUCAUCCGAACUCGAACAAGCCUACCUUUCUCUCAUUACUUCCUCAAGAGGCUGCACAAGCGUACAACGUUUAGUGGCUGAUUUUAUUCCUCGAUUUGCUUCGUAUUGUCCUACUGCUCUUGAAGCUGCAGUGAGAGUUGUUAUCAACAUGCAUAAUUGGAAGUUAGCUUUGAUUGGUAAAGGAGAUGAUAUAGACGGUGUUGCAUUUGAAACUGCCAAGGCAUGCAUUUUUGGUCUAGCUGAUAUCUGUCAAAGUGCUGCUGCUGAGGCGCCAACAUCGUCAGUUAUUCAAGGAAUUUGCUCCACAGUAUUCCAUGACGCACUCACCUUCUUCAUAUCCAGUUUUGAAGGGAAGGAUGUUCUCGAGAUUGCUGACGAGGAACUUUUUGGUAUACAGGAUGCUCAUUCGUUCUCUGAGUACCAACAAAAAAUUUUAAACAAGGAAAAAUCGGUAUUGCUCAAGCUAUCUGAGUUCCGUGUACUUAGUUUCCUCAGAAUUUUCUUUACUUGCCCAAAAAACUCAAUUGCAACUUGUUUUGAGCUCUUCGGCUCUACUGGAUCGGAGGAAGCUAAGCGAGAAGGAUAUUACUUACUUCGUCAGUUAACAAACAGGCUUGAUGAUGCUAUUGCUCAUCCUAGGAAUGGCGGAAAUAGUGCAGUGACAUCAUCAGCAACAUCCAGAGAAACAAGUAGCAAAUGUAAGGGUCUUGUGGAUGAUGGCCUUGCAACAUGCAGCAAACAAGUCUCGGACAACAGCUCUAUUGUUUUGAAGAACUGCUUAUUAGGACUGGUCGUAGAGAAAGAUAAUUCUCUGAUGAGUUGGAUUUGCUCAAGGUUUAAGAAAUUAAGUAAAUCAGCAUCCCCUCGAGUUGUUUCAGAUAUUUCCUCAGUUCUUGAAGGAAUAUUGCAGUCUUUCUUAGAUGAAGUGAAGGCAGAAAAAACGCAUGAGUAUGGUGAUGAGGAUGGUUUGGGUACAGUAAAGUAUGCUAGUGAGUACUCGGGUCACGAGCUAUCUGCUAAAAAAGAAACUCAUGAAGUUUCUCGAAGCCCAGCAAUCCCUCUGGGAGCAAAUCACCGUUCCAGUAUGAAAUCAAAUACUGAUAGUGGUGAGCAUAGGCCUGUGGUUUUUGAUUCCAAAGAGUCUGGAGUUUUACCAAGGCCUAAAGAGGUUUAUAACCAGCAGAUUCUUUCACCUAUUGCUAGAACACCGUCGAACUUGAGAAGUAGUUCAUCUGAUUUAGGCCACCAUGGUGGCCUGAUGGAGAACCACCAAAAUCCAAAUAUGGACCGUUCAUUACCAGCCUCAAGAUCAACUGGAGGCAUGAGUUGUUCCAUGGAGUCGCCUAUGCAGCGUUUACCACUGCCUCAUUCUUCCACAAAUCAAGUUGUUUGGUACACUGAUGGAGACCCAGCUGCCGCAGAUAUCUUUCCCGCUUCAAAUCAGCUAUGGUUGGGGUCUUUAGGCCCUGAUGCAUCUGAAGCUGCUGUCAGACAUAAGUUUGAGAUGUUUGGUCCAGUGUAUCAAUUUGCAUUCUUUGCAUUCAGAGGUUUUGCUUUGGUUGAGUACCAAAACAUUAUGGACGCGGUGAGAGUCAGGGAAAUCAUGCAGGGAACUUCUCCUUGGGGUGCUGGUCUUCGAAUAAAGUUCUUGGAUAUAGGAUUAGGAACCAAGGGGGCUAUAAAUGGUGUUGCUGUUGGUUCUAGUUGCUAUAUUUAUGUUGGAAGUGUUCAGAACCAUUGGAUGAAGGAUAAUGUUAUGCAUGAGCUGAGAAAAGCACUUCAAAAAGGUCCUCGGAUGGUUACUGAUCUAGGCAGCGAAGGUGCAUUGCUGAUGGAGUUCGACACACCUGAGGAGGCCACAAUUGCCAUGAAUCAGCUAAGGCACUGGCGUAAGGGAAGGAGUAACUGCAACCAGCCCCUAAACUUAGGUCCAGCUAAUGCCACCGCGCAUGCGGAAGGUGUAAGACCUAGCUCUGCCUCUGUUUAUGUUGGUAUUGGAAGCAAUAUUUGUACCAAUAGUACUGUUGGGCCAAAUCACUUCCAGAACAUGCUNCCCAGAACAUGCUUGAGAACCAUUCUGACAUUAAGUACCAAAUAUAAUGUUACAUACAAUCCUGGCUAUAAGAGUCAUCACAUGCCAGGGAACUGUGAAACUGGAUUCUUGGGAGGAGAUACAAUGCAGACAAAUACAGUACGGAUUAGUAUUCCAAAUGGUAGCUCCUUGUUUAUCACAGAAGAUGAGCUUUUGGCUAUUUGUAAUCUUGCCAUUGACAACAAAGGUUCUAUCAUCAG